UUUUGGCAAGAUCUCACGCUUCGUCGGGGUUUUGUGUUUUGGUUUUUUCUUUUACAAAUACCCAUAUAGUGUGUAUGCACCACUAAUAAUGUCCACACGUUAAGUAUGCGACAGCGGGGAGGCAAGAUCACGUUGGGGAGGUUAAAAGAGAUUGUGUUGCGGUCUGGGACGUCGAAAAAGGAGGAGGAAUGGGUUCGAACGGAGCCUGUGGAGGAGAUUCUCGAACCCACCCAGGUCCAAUCCAAUCACCCAGAAAAAAUCAUUGAUGCCUCCAAAGUCAGUACCUACAGCUACAACCUCACCCAAACGGACCCACAGCACAUUAUGACACCCGACGACGUGGAUGCCUGGGUCGAUACAUUGUUCAGUCAAUGUUGCAUCAUGGAUAUCCUAAGUCUUUGGUUCACCGUUUGGGUCAUGGAUAAAUGGGGGUCCCUCCCAGCGCGUGUAGAAUGGAUAGGGUAUUCAAUAUGUUCUAUCCGGUCCCUACAAAAAGCUUGGUACCUCUCCACUCAAGUCUUUAUGGGAUUAAUCGUGUUUCUCGUUUGUGUCGAUGGAUCACUGUUUGGUGUUAUUGAAUAUGAGAAGGUGUUGACGAUUGUUGCUUCUAUCGUUGUCUAUGGGAGCGUGAUUGGGCAGGCGAGGGGCUAUGGACUCUUGACCAUGUGCGUGGUGUCCGUACUAGUUGCUGUGGAUUAUUAUACAAAACAUGCACCGACGCGAAUGGAUUUAGUGUUGGGAGUGCAUUGUGUUGGACAUGGGUUGUAUGUUAUGCUGGGGGAUUUGGUUGCGUAUGCUGUGGAUAAGCGGAUGAGGUACUUUGCCGAGCAGAAUGUGGUGUAUGGGGAACUACGUGCUUACCCAAAACACCAUCAUCGAAAACAUAAAACGUGGAAACUUGAAAAAAGUUUUUUUACGACAACGACGACGACAACGAGUAAUAGUCGAAAACGAUCAAAUGAACACCAUCAGUUUUAUUAUUCGAAUCAUUACGAAAUGCAUAGUCGGUUUGAACUUGCUGUCUGUGAAGUCGGAUUCGAGUUUAUUACAUUGACGUGGAGUUUACCCCAAUCUCUCAUUGUCACUCUUUGUUCCCUCUCUGACACGAAACCCAAAACGACCUUGUCACCCCCUCCGACCAUUUUGGGACCCAUGGAUGAGCCCUUGUUACUCCCCCCUGCUCUCCCUCAGUCCGGUAGCACGACCCUCUCGGCAUCUGAUGUGGACGUUAUGGUGAAUUUGUCGUAUUGGGAUCAGUUGACAAUUUGUAUGCCUGAGGGGGUGGUGGUUGUGAGGGGGUUACAGGUGAAUAGAGAGUAUACGGUUGUGAUGGCGAUUAGGGGGUAUUGGUCUGUUCCUGUGCGGGUUUGUACGGCUGAUUGGAGAGUUGCUCCUCCGCCCUUGACGCCCGUGACAUCCACCACCAAAGAUGGAGACACGUCUCAGAAACACAAGACCGAAGUCCUCCGUCUCUUGACACGUGAAUUAACGAAUCUCCGAACCACCAAGAAAAACCUGCACACCGCUCUCAAAAAGUGUCGAAAAGAAUCUGCAAAAAACCUUGCUGCCCUCCGCUCCGAUCUCGAUAUGCUCAAAAAGGCCCAUACGAGGGAUUUACAGACGGAUACACGUUUACGACGGCGUAUCCAGACACUUGAAGAAGGGAUUGCCCAAGCGAAAGAGGUCCAACAAGCAAAAGAAGCAGAGAUCAACAAUGUGAUGCGUGAAAUCAAUGAAAACAAGAUAACCACCAAGGCCCUUGUCAAACAAUUGGAAUCCCUCCACCGCACUCGAACACAAUCCGAAUCGGAAUUAACUCGUCUCACCCAACUCUUUCAAAAACGACUUCAAGACCUUGAAACCACACUCGCCCAUCUCACAACCCGUUUCCAGUCCCUCCAAACCGGUCUCUCAACCACCACCCAAUCCCUUCAUUCCUCUAGCAACCACCUCACCCACCUCACAAAAACUCUCACCUCUGCCCAACACCGCCAAACAGAGCAAGCCACCCUCGAAAAACGUCGAUGGAAUGAAGAAGCCAGUGUACUCCGUGGAGCAUGCGAAGGCGCCAAAAGACGCAACGAAGCCCUCCAAAAUACGCUUGCGGAACAAGUCCGUUUUCGAGAGAUUUUGGAAUGUGAGAUUGAGGCUUGGUGUCCGCCUUGGAAUGUUAAUACAGAUGUACAUGAAGGGUUUGAGGAACCAGAGUUGGAUGUCUUGUCGAGUUUGGGGUUGAGGAUGGAUUAAGUUGUUAUGGAUGAUGCUACUUGUUGUGUUGUGUGUUUUUUUGUUGUACUGUUGAGUGAGUAGCUGGUGUUGUUUUUUCGUUUCGAAA